GCUUGCGUCACUUCCGCUCCCUCCAGAACUCUUCAGAAGGCGGUGGGUGUGGAGCUGCGUUCGCCGUGCUGGUCCCGGGUCUUCCGCCUGCUAGGCACCUGCGAAGCGGAGGUGUUUGUUCUACUGUCCAAGAAGCUUCGCAGAUUUCAGUUUUGUCCAUUCUUUGGUUGCAGUAACAGGUUCAGUGGAGUAAUUGUGUUCAUUAAAAAAUAAUAUUUUUAAAAUGGCUGCAAAAAAAGCAUUAGUCAUCCUGGCUAAAGGAGCAGAGGAGAUGGAAACCGUUAUCCCUGUUGAUCUGAUGAGGAGGGCUGGAAUGAAAGUCAUUGUGGCAGGUCUUUCUGGAAAGGAUCCGGUACAGUGUAGUAGAGAUGUACUCAUUUGCCCUGAUGCCAGUCUAGAGGAUGCGAAAAAAGAGGGACCAUAUGAUGUGAUUGUCCUACCAGGAGGUAAUCUGGGUGCGCAAAACUUGAGUGAGAGUGCCGAUGUGAAAACACUGCUGAAAGAGCAAGAGAAAAGAAAAGGCCUCAUAGCUGCCAUUUGUGCAGGACCGACAGCUCUCUUGGCUCAUGAAAUAAGUUUUGGAAGCAAAGUUACAACCCACCCACUGGCCAAAGACAAGAUGAUGAAUGGAAAUCAUUAUACCUACUCAGAGAAUCGUGUGGAAAAGGAUGGCACCCUUCUUACGAGCCGUGGUCCUGGAACCAGCUUUGAGUUUGGCCUUGCGAUUAUUGAGGCACUCAUGGGAAAACAAGUAGCAGAUCAAGUAAAGGGCCCGCUUGUGCUUAAAGAUUAGAGCAAAAAGCUUUCUUGAUUAAUAACUUAACAGUCCCUUAGAAAUUGCUAAUAUUUAAUUUUUUUUUUGAAGUGUGAAAAGCAGUGUAACAUCAUUUGAAAUGUAGUUGUUCUCAAGGAUUGUGUAUGUGUACCCAUUGCUUUUCAUUAAGUUAUGUUGAAAUUAAAGGACGGCUUAGAAAAAUGUC